AUGUCUCCUCAACGUAAAUUUGGAAGGAAAAAAAAAACAAUUUGGCAAUGGUUUAGUGAAGGUGAAAAGAUAAACAGUUCACAUUAUUUAGCACGAUGCAAUUUUUAUAAACAGAACUGUCCCGGAGAACCUUCGAAAAUGGCUAAACAUUUAUUAGAAAAAUGUGAAGACAUUCAUCAAGAUGAGCGUAACAAUAUUGAAGAUAUCUUAAAAAAUACUGAUACUAAAAAUUUAGAAAAAAAAAAUUUAUUAUCUCAAGACGAUGAUCAUAACACGAAUACAAAUAAUAAGUCAAAAACCGAACAUACUUCAGCUUU